AUGAGGUAAACAAGUUGCGUGUGCUUCUUCUUAUAAAGCCAUUCAGCCUUUUAGUUAACGUUUAAGAUUGAAUUUGACGGAAAUUAUUUCUAUGAUGCCAAAAAUUGCAAAUAAACCAAACGAAUCCACAAUAAGAGUGCCGUUUGAAACGCCGCAUCUCGCCGAAAUCGCUUAUAAGGUGCUAAGUGUCGACCAGGAACCACGCCGGAAUUUUGUACAAAAAACGCUCAGCUUGGAUAACGACGUACUGGUGGUGCAUUUUGAAGCUGACCAAGUAAAAAACCUACGCACAGCCAUCACAUCCUUCUUCGAGAGCCUGCUUCUCUGUCAGGACACCAUUAAGCACUUCGGGGGAUCCGGAGUGCCGGAGAGUAGCGGAGAUGCCGGAACACAGUCCAGCACCGACUCCGCAUAGAGCGGUGUACGGAUUUGCCUUCUACAUGUUGUUCACGGUUUUGUUCUUCAUUUAUGUAGCGUGGGCUUUUAUCCCCAUCGAAUUCGGCCUGCACUCGUAUCUGCCGGAUAAGUAUUUCGCUGUUUUUGUACCAUUUUUGGUGAUAGUGUUCGCUUGGUUCUUCGCCUUCCUCAUUUAUCCAGCCAUAAAUCUGUCGAUGACGGUCAAUGUGGAUGCAAUUUCCUCUGUGGUGGAUCCAAAAUUGGCCCUGCCAAAAGGAACUGCUUUCAGCUCCUGGGAUCAGCUAAAUAAUGGAAAAAACUCAUCAUCUAAACAAAAGGCACCUGACCCAGUUAACUGCAAUCUUUGCCAGACAACACAUCAGUCCAUAACGCGAGCUCCCAUCGCCCCACUUCGAUUCCUGGAUCUCCAGGAAGUAAAUACAGCAUAUUACAACUAAAAAAGUAA